GAUGAGGACAGGUGUGAAUGUAAAAGAAUUCAAGCCAUUUUCCAAUCUGCCCUUUUUUGGGUGAAAUGGGGGUUUGCCAUUUCUUCAGCAAUUGUUUGGAGUCUCUCGCUUCCCAGCUUUUUAAAAUCUCCUCUCCCUCCCUUUGAGAGUUUGUUGGAAGUCUGUCCUGGCACAUUCCCUCCUUCUCAGGAAGAGGGAGAGUGAGGAGGAGACAGGGUGGGUUGAGUGUGUGUCCAGCCCAGCGCCCUCACUGAGCCAGAUCCUCAUCUCCCCUGCCAGUGGGGCUCAGCACAGACCAGUGACAAACUCCUGGGCCACCGGUGCCCCCCAUGUUGGAACCUGCAUUGGAGAUUAUCUCCUAAGCAGAUACCCCCUUCCAAACUGGGGAUGAAGGGCUGGGAAACUGGAAAAUGCCAGGUCUGAGAGAGAGGAAAGCACAAGUCCAGCAAUACACAGAGCUCUGUGUAUUCAGAGGGAAGUUGGCAGGGUUGUGUUCGGGCAGAGAAACUCCGAGUGGUACAAAGAGACGUGCCCAGAGUGGAGAAAUCAUGCUAAUUGUCCGCACCAGAGCUGGAGAUCGCCACCCAAAAUGAAGAGAGAAAGGGGAGCCCCGUCCAGAGCCUCCAGAGCCCUUCACCUCGCUCCUUUUGUCUACCUUCUUCUGAUCCAGACAGACCCCCUGGAGGGAGUGAACAUCACCAGCCCAGUGCGCCUGAUUCAUGGCACUGUGGGGAAGUCAGCCCUGCUCUCUGUGCAGUACAGCAGCACCAGCAGCGAUAAGCCUGUAGUGAAGUGGCAGCUGAAGCGGGACAAGCCAGUGACCGUGGUGCAGUCCAUCGGCACGGAGGUCAUCGGCACCCUGCGGCCUGACUAUCGAGACCGUAUCAGGCUCUUUGAAAAUGGCUCCCUGCUUCUCAGUGACCUGCAGCUGGCCGAUGAGGGCACCUAUGAGGUCGAGAUCUCCAUCACCGAUGACACCUUCACCGGGGAGAAGACCAUCAACCUCACCGUAGACGUGCCCAUUUCAAGGCCACAGGUAUUAGUGGCUUCAACCACUGUCCUGGAGCUCAGUGAGGCCUUCACCCUGAACUGCUCGCAUGAGAAUGGCACCAAGCCCAGCUACACCUGGCUGAAGGAUGGCAAGCCCCUCCUCAAUGACUCCAGAAUGCUCCUGUCCUCCGAUCAAAAGGUGCUCACCAUCACGCGUGUGCUCAUGGAGGACGACGACCUGUACAGCUGUGUGGUGGAGAACCCCAUCAGCCAGGGCCGCAGCCUGCCUGUCAAGAUCACCGUGUACAGAAGAAGCUCUCUUUACAUCAUCUUGUCUACAGGAGGCAUCUUCCUCCUUGUGACCUUGGUGACAGUCUGUGCCUGCUGGAAACCCUCCAAAAAGUCUAGGAAGCAGAGGAAGCUGGAGAAGCAAAACUCCCUGGAAUACAUGGAUCAGAGUGAUGAUCGCCUCAAACAAGAAGGUGAGUUCCCAGCCACCCACUCACCCAUCCCAUCGCCACUCACAUCAGUGGGAUGCUGGGAGAAGGCAAAACUGGGCAACAAGGAGACCAGCUCUGCAGGGUCCCUUCCUCCACCAACUGCACGAAGACUACAGAGCAGGGAGAGGUGCAGCCAAGCAGACACCCUCCCACGAAGCGGAGAGCAGGAGCGGAAGAACCCCAUGGCCCUCUACAUCCUGAAGGACAAGGACUCCCCAGAGCCCGAGGAGAACCCCGUCCCGGAGCCUCGGAGCGCGACAGAGCCCGGCCCGCCCGGCUACUCCGUGUCGCCCGCCGUGCCCGGCCGCUCGCCCGGGCUGCCCAUCCGCUCGGCCCGCCGCUACCCGCGCUCCCCAGCGCGCUCCCCCGCCACCGGCCGGACGCACACGUCGCCGCCCAGGGCCCCGGGCUCGCCCGGCCGCUCGCGCAGCGCCUCGCGCACGCUGCGGACUGCGGGAGUGCACAUAAUCCGCGAGCAAGAGGAGACCGGCCCGGUGGAGAUCAGCGCCUGAGCCGCCCUGGGACGUCCGCGAGGCGGCAGCGCUGGGUGGCCGCGGCGGCCUGGGAGGGCGGGGCAGCCCCGGCUAGGCGCGAGCUGGGAUAAGGGAGGCCCCGGCGGGGGCGCGGGGGCGCGGGGGCGCGGUGGACGUUGUGCGCAUGCGCAGAUGGCGGUAGGGGUUGCGCCGCGUGCGGCAGAGUGUCGAUUUGGUGGCGUUUGCUGCCGGUUUUCUGUCUGUGUUCUCAACAGGUAUGGGUUGUGCCCUCUUAGGACCACAUAGAUUAUUAAAUUUCCGUCCCAAUCCCCAAAAGGAAUUUUAUGGAAACUAACAUCAGUUACCUAACCCCCGUGACUACCCUGUGCUCUUCCUAGGGAGCUCUUAUAUCCCCCCCUCCCCUCACCCCCGCUGCCCUUCCCUCCGAAAGAACGUCUGAGUCCCGGAGCACUUUUCUGGCAAGGCCAGAUUGGAAAGGCCACUUUCCCAAAACGCACGACUGUACUGAACUAAGAGGUCAGGUGCCGGUCCUGGGUGUGCAGGGGCUGCUCUGAGCACCCGGGGAAUCACUGCAAAGACGGUGCCUUGGAGCACCUUCCGUGGGCACCUGGUACCUGGGUACCUACAGGUCGGUGAGGGAGAAGCACAAGACACUCCUUCACCCCCUGGGCCGGAGCAGGGGCAAAGGACUCCGGCCGCGCUCGGCCUCCCGCCGCGCGGCCUCCUCCCAAAGCCUCCCGCAGCGCGAGCCGUGCCGAGCAUUCCGGUCUCCGUUCUUGAACAGGAGAGGGGGAUGGGCCCACUCCUGUGGAGAAGUGGAUUCCCACUCUUUCCGCUGGCCCAGAUCAAGGGAGAAAUUGUUUUAAGACCUCAAACUCAUACCUUCUCCUUGGCUUCCUCACAAAACAAGCCUUUCAAACAAUCAUUACCCUCCGGAAGGUUGUCGAGCUUCCUUCAGUAGUGAGAGAAUAGGGUUCUAACCUCCAGACAAACGGUAGGGGGAGGAAGUUAAUUGCGUCCCUGACUGUCCGGGGCUCGGGGUCCAACCGUUGGCCUCUGCCCCCGCUCCCACCGUUUGCUCUGCUCCCAGAGGCUCCCAUCCCCUGACACAGGCCAGGGGCAGACUCCCUAAUCGCACUAACUUCGGAAUGAGGAGAGGCUGGGCCACCGUGCAGCCAGGCCACGCCCAUGCCACCGCCUCUAGCACGGUUCACGGGAGAUGCAGUAAGCCGCCAUGUGAGGUGAGAGGGCCAUUCAAAGGCUGAAAGAGAAGGAGGCCCUCUGUGUGCGCCAUCCUGUCUUCCCUAAUCCGUCCCAGGGUCCUCGCAUCCCUGGCCCCUCCGUGGCCACCUAAGCUCCAUUUCUGGCUCCUCCAUCCCGUGGAGCAACUGCCCAGGCCCGUUACCCACCACCUCCACACCUAGGCCAGUCUUGUCCCAGCCCCAAGGGCACCAACAUUUCUAGUUUGCCUCCUGUGCCCUCGCCCUGGUCAGCAUGCCCCUCUCGGCAACCUGUCCCUGUGCACUUCCCAGGCUCACUGGAGAAGGUGUCACUCCUAGCUCCCCUGACCUUCCCUGGUGCCUCAUCCUUAAAGAGAUAAUGCAUGCAGAGGACAGUUGCUCAGGCGGGUGGAAGAUGCAGGACUUGGAGAAGGGGUACCUGCUGGUCAGCCGUGAGCAGGUGAAGGUUAGGGUGAGUUGAGAGUGUGCCAUACCCUGGUGCUGCAUCCCCGAGGGGGCCAGCUUUCCAGGCUCAAGCCAAAUCUGCCUUAAAUUGGGGUGGUAAGUAAGGAAAUGUUUUUUUUGUUUUUGUUUUGUCUUGUUUUGAUCUUCAUCUUUGUAUUACUAGCAUCCAUGUGCCUAGCAUGUACUGGAUGCUCAUAGUAUGUGCCUAGCACAUACUGGAUGCUCAAUAAAGUUUUGAUGAAAUGAAA